CCAGAGUCGGCAGCGUUUAAAAAGGCAGAAGCUCCAUCAGCGAGCAGCAAACCAGGAGAUAAACUAAAGAGAAAACACACGAGAAAACUCCCUCCUACUGCAGACAAGACACCAAAUUGUGACACAAUGAAAGUGGCCGUUGUCUUCAUCCUGCUCUUCGCCACAGUUCUCUGUCGGCCUGCGAGGAGAAUAUUUGACAGCAGCUCAGAGAGUUCUGAAGAAGUGGUGAGACGACCUGCAGCUCGAUACAUGAGGAAGCAGGCACCAGUGGUGCCUCAGACUCGUGCAGCUGUUGUACAGAACGUCGCUGCAGCUUCAGGCGAGAGCAAAGACAGCACAGAUGAGGUCAUGGAGGCAGCAGAGACUCCAGUUCUGCAAUUUAAAUCUGGCAGCUGGGACACAACUCUAGCCCCAGAUACGGCCACGGACGACGGUCAGGACAGUGACGACAGCGAUGAGGAUGAUGAUGACACCGACGAGAAUGACACAGAUGAUGAUGAGGAUGAUUCCAAAGACACAUCGGAAUCGGGUGAGUCCUCCACUGUCGCCCCGACAACCGUAGGCCCCACAGUGGUCACAGAGGUGUUUGUGGUUGAAACCACUGAGGAUUACAUCAAUCCCACCAUCGUCACCGAUGAUUCGGCCCGUGGAGACAGUUUGGGAGGACACCCUAGUGACUACAAGUCCAUCUACGUGGAGGACAAAUCCUACCACAAGAUUCCUGCUCCCUACAAGUCCUACGAGUACUACGACACUGGGAAGAAGUCGUCCUACGACACGAUAGACGGGAACGAGGUGGAGAAGUCGCUGAAGGUGUAUAAGGCUCUUCAGGUUCACGCUGAGCUGCUGGAGGAGGACACCAGCACUCCCGAGGUGGAGAGUCAGGGUCUGGAUGGACAGGACCAGGAUGUCAGUCCUCGCCAGGCUUCUCUCCCAGUGGAGGCAGAGAGCAUCACCACCAGUGAGAACGACAGCUCCAGUGCCACACAGGAAGAGGAGGAGCAGGAGGAGGACGAGAGCACCAGUGCCGCCAACGACAGUGCCAGCGCAGAGUCCGAGGAUGCUGAGAGUCAGAGCAGCGAGGAGGCCACGGCCACGCCCGGCGCUGCCGACAGCGACUCAGACGAGAGUGAGUCAGAGGAGGAAGGGGCGGGGCCUGAUUCCUCCACUGAUAUGCCAGUGGUUAUCACUGCCAAAUAAGCCACACCCACCCCUCAGGAAACGGAGUGGAUGAGGGUUCACAUACAUGUUUUCUUUCUUCUGCAGGGCCAAACACGAACACAAGGUUUCAUAUUAUUCAUUUUAACUCAUCACCAUUUCUGAGAGUUUUAUCAAUACGUAGGAAUGUUUUUGUCGCUGCGUCGCAUCUAUUUAAGCUGCUAACUAAUGAAACCAGACAAGUACAACAAUGUGUUGAGUUCAUUUCAUUCAUUUAGUUACUGCUUUAGUUAAAGCUCUGCUCUGAUCUCGAGUGAAUCCUGAGUCUCCUUCACCUUCUUCUUCAUCUAUUUCUGCACUCAUUAAUCACAAAAUACACAUCGAGAACUGGACAUUUCAAACCCCGAUUUUUCAGGAAACCUAGAUUUAAAGGUCCAGUGUGUAAGAAUCAGUGACAUCUAGUGCUGAGACUGCAGUGCGUGGAAACUACGAUGGCCCUCACAUACCACCAAAGUAAGCUAUCGUCAACAAGCAUGAGCAGGUGCAAAUGCAGAUGUAUUAUUUAGUUUGUAAAACUUUGUUUAAAGCAAAGCCCUUACCUUAAGUAAAUAUAAAAGUAUUAUUUUGUUUUUGAAAUUGAUGUUUUAACUCCACCAGUCUCUUGGUGAACAUGUUUGACCCUACAGGAAAAAAAGUGUUUGAUGUAACUUAGGAUUUGUCUACCUGCAACAGGAGGUUUACUGACCUUGUCCCCUUCGUCCCCUCUGCCCUCUGUCACUGCAGAGCACACGGUUAAAACUGGAACAAACACACACACACACACACACAGUAGGGGUCUGGCGUCCACACAUUUAGUCACGAGUUACAACCAAAGUGCACACUUUUAUUUAAACCUUUGUUAAACUGUUUCACACUUCGUAAUCUUUCCUUUUGUCGUAUGUGCUGGUGUAGAUACAGAGACAGUGACUCACUCACUCAUUCACUCACUCACUCACAGUCCAGUCCAUUUGCACAGAACCUACCUACACUACGUGUUGUUUGUCUGUAGCGUUGUAUAAUGUACCAUAUUGUACCAUUUAUAAAAUAUUAAUAAAGUCUUUUUUUCAUAAAAACA